CGUCCAAAGGGCUGGCCGGUGAAACAUGGCGGCGCUGGGGAGCUCACUGGUCGGGUACGGCGUAUCGUCGGAGUCGGAAAGUGAAGGAGACGCGGAUGCAGCACCUCCACCGAAACGACCAAACAACGACUCCGGAAAAUCUGGGAAAAACUUCCUGGUGGAAUCCGGCGACAGCAGCAGCAGCGACGAAGAAGACGGCUCCAACCCGGAACCCGUUCACGUUCCCCAUCCCGCUCCGGAACGCCUGAUCACCCAGAACAAACUCCCGGCUCCCAGACUGGGAGCAAGCGAUCCGGGCUCCAGCGUCUUCAGCAACCCCUUCAGGGAGGAGAGGAACGAGCAGCUGAGCGUCUUGCAGAGACACGUGCCUCUGACGCUGCAGCCCAACCCAGCCCUGAUCGGAGGCAAGCGGGUGUGUCUCCUCUAUCGCAAGCAGGGGCGAUGUCGCUUUGGACACAAAUGCAAGUUCGCUCACGACAGCGACCUGCAGACCCCGGUGCUGCCGGUGCCGAGCCCCGCUGGGUCGACCCAGUCUCCUCCUGCGGAGCCGGCGGACCACCGGGACCGCUCUGAACCGGGCCAGCCCCGAACCGGGAAGAGGAAACCGGGUUUGAGCAACACUCUGGUGCCUCCGAAGCGCUCCAUGAAGAAUUACAAAGCCCAGAGAGAGAGGGAAAAACCCUGGGUGCUGUAGGGAGAGAGGGAGGGAGGGAGGGAGGGAGAGAGAGGAGAGCAGAGGGGGAGAGUCUGUUUCUUGUCUGUGUGUUUUUGAGAAAUCCUGUAUUCCUUCGAAUUUAAGACUAUUUAAACCAUUUUUUUACUUCUCAAAUAUUGCCUGUGUGUGUGUGACCCUGAGCAAGUCACUGAACCUCCUUGUGCUCCGUCCUUCAGGAUGAGACGUCAAACAAACGAGCUCCUAUUGGAAGUGACUCUGCAGCAGCCACUGACUCCCUGUGUGUGUGUGUGACCCUGAGCAAGUCACUGAACCUCCUUGUGCUCCGUCCUUCAGGACGAGACGUCAAACAAACGAGCUCCUAUUGGAAGUGACUCUGCAGCAGCCACUGACUCCCUGUGUGUGUGUGUGACCCUGAGCAAGUCACUGAACCUCCUUGUGCUCCGUCCUUCAGGAUGAGACGUCAAACAAACGAGCUCCUAUUGGAAGUGACUCUGCAGCAGCCACUGACUCCCUGUGUGUGUGUGUGUGUGACCCUGAGCAAGUCACUGAACCUCCUUGUGCUACAUCUUUCGGGCGAGACGUAGUUGUAAGUGACUCUGCAGCUGAUGCAUAGUUCACACACCUAUAGUCUCUGUAAAUCGCCUUGGAUAAAGACGUCUGCUAAAUAAACAAAUAAUAAUAAUAAUCAAACGCUUGAGAUGUAUGGACUUGGGGGGAGUGUGCAGUCAAAACAACUUUCAUAGCAAAGGGGGCAUGGGCAGAAAAGACAAGUUUAGUACCCUGCUAAAAAAUAUAAAUAUAUUUCUAUAUAUAUAUAUAUAUAUAUAUACACACACACACACACAUACACACUGCAUUAAAACAUACACAGUGCUAAUGGUACAGCUUCCUGUAGAGUUGAAACGCUCCUGCCAAAAGUAUUGCAUCGCCUACAAUAUUAGGAUCGAUAUGAGGUUUUAAGGUUUGCACACCUUUUAAAAGCACAUCGUUUUUCAUUUAGUAUUUUCAAUAUGUUAACAAGGGAACAUUAUUCAGCAGCUUUCAUUGGACUCUAUGAAGCUGAGGGAGUUCAUUCUAUAUAGAGGGGGUGGAAUUCAAUAUGUUAACAAGGGAACAUUAUUCAGCAGCUUUCAUUGGACUCUAUGAAGCUGAGGGAGUUCAUUCUAUAUAGAGGGGGUGGAAUUCAAUAUGUUAACAAGGGAACAUUAUUCAGCAGCUUUCAUUGGACUCUAUGAAGCUGAGGGAGUUCAUUCUAUAUAGAGGGGGUGGAAUUCAAUAUGUUAACAAGGGAACAUUAUUCAGCAGCUUUCACUGGACUCUAUGAAGCUGAGGGAGUUCAUUCUAUAUAGAGGGGUGGAAUUCAAUAUGUUAACAAGGGAACAUUAUUCAGCAGCUUUCACUGGACUCUAUGAAGCUGAGGGAGUUCAUUCUAUAUAGAGGGGGUGGAAUUCAAUAUGUUAACAAGGGAACAUUAUUCAGCAGCUUUCAUUGGACUCUAUGAAGCUGAGGGAGUUCAUUCUAUAUAGAGGGGGUGGAAUUCAAUAUGUUAACAAGGGAACAUUAUUCAGCAGCUUUCAUUGGACUCUAUGAAGCUGAGGGAGUUCAUUCUAUAUAGAGGGGGUGGAAUUCAAUAUGUUAACAAGGGAACAUUAUUCAGCAGCUUUCACUGGACUCUAUGAAGCUGAGGGAGUUCAUUCUAUAUAGAGGGGGUGGAAUUCAAUAUGUUAACAAGGGAACAUUAUUCAGCAGCUUUCAUUGGACUCUAUGAAGCUGAGGGAGUUCAUUCUAUAUAGAGGGGGUGGAAUUCAAUAUGUUAACAAGGGAACAUUAUUCAGCAGCUUUCAUUGGACUCUGUGAAGCUGAGGGAGUUCAUUCUAUAGGGUGAUGAUGAGUCGAUAUUAUCACCACACACACA